AUUUCGCCCCUUUCUUCACAUAUUGUUUACUCUGCUACCGUUAAACUUCAGAUACAAAUUAUGUAGCGAAAGAACACAAAUUUGCAAUGGCAGACGAGGAGGGAAGCUUUUAUAUCGAACUCUGUAAAAAUCCCAUCAGAUUUGAUCCUGUGGACAAAGUUACCAAUGUUUUCUACGAUGAUGCAAAUAAACAGGUGUUUACAGUACGUUCUGGGGGAGCAGUUGGUGUGGUGGUCAAAGGGCCAAGUGAAAAAGACACCAUUACAUUUAGAAUGGAAAGCAGAGGAGAUGUGUCUUCAAUAAAAUUCUCACCUGACAGAAGAAUCUUGGCUGUACAAAGAUCUCCUAAAUCUGUGGAGUUUGUCAAUUUCAAUGAGGAUAUGACAACAGAUCAGCUGGAGUAUUCACAGACCUGUAAGGGGAAAUCCACAAUAGUCAGCGGAUUUGUGUGGACCUCUCCCAAUGAAAUCGUCUUCAUCACAGAUCAUGGAAUAGAAUUUUAUCAGAUAACUCCCGAAAGAAGGACUCUGAAGUGUCUUAAAACCAUCAACAUAAGUGUCUGCUGGUUUGUUUGGUUGAUGGAAAGCAGUUGCCUACUUCUAGCAUCUGGUACUCAAGGGAACCAGCUAAAUCCAUUCUUCUUCAGACCCAGCAUAAUUACAAAGUUAACCAAGUUUGAGGUGGAUCUGCCAUCUCACCAGAAAUCAACAAAGCAGCCAUUGUUAGAGAGAGAUGUCAGCAUGGCAAACAUAUAUGGUCAGCUGUAUGUGAUCGUGCUCAGACAUCAGCCCAGACCUGGUUCUGUUGGAGCUGAAAUAGUUUUAUAUCAGAUUCAUAGAGAUGUGGCUGCACGGAAAACUGACAUAAUGAGAUUAGAAUUGAGUGGCAGAUUCGCCAUCAAUGUGGUCAACAACCUUAUUGUUGUGCACCACCAAGCUUCAAGGACAUCUGUGAUAUUUGACAUUAAUCUGGAUGGUGAAUCAGAUGGAUUUGUCCGCUAUCACCAUCCCGUGGUGUCUCCACUACCCAUCAGGCCUUUCAGACUUAUGCUUCCUUCACUGGGUAUUCAAGGUGGCCAGACAAAAAUGGAAUACAACUGUGAACUUUAUUCUGCAAACUGGGUUGUUUUUCAGCCAAAUGUUAUCAUUGAUGCAAAAUUAGGAUGUUCAUGGUACGUGGAACUGAAGUUGGAGCCCAUUGUUACAAUGAUUCCAGAUAAGCAUGUGUUGGCAAAGUUCCUGCUGGCCAGGGAUGACAGUAAGCGGGUGAUCCUAAACGUCUGUCGUAGCAUGCUAUCCUCCGAGAGCCAGGCCACCUUGUCGACCAUCUCUAAGGUGCUGGACAUGUUGAACAAGGUGUACCAGGACUAUCUCAACUCAGAGAUCCAUGUGCUAGCUGGUGAUCCACCCUCCAAGCCUGACCCUGCCAUGAAGGUGGUGAUUGACCAGUCGGAUAUGUACACCCAUGUCUUCUCGGUGUUUGAGGACAACAAGAGUAUAAAGUAUAAAUUUAUGGUGGCUGUACUUAUUGAGUACAUCAGAUCUCUGAGUGAAAACAACAUCACUGUCCAACAUUACUUGUAUGAAUUGAUCAUCAACAUCCUAGUCCAUAAUAACUGCUUCUACCAGCUUCACCAGUUUCUUCAGUAUCAUGUCCUACAGGACUCUAAACCUCUGGCUUGCCUAAUGUUGUCACUUGAGAGUGUGUACCCCCCUGCUCAUCAACUAGCUCUGGACAUGCUAAAGAGAUUGUCCACAGCCAAUGAAGAAAUCAUUGAAGUCCUUUUGUCAAAACAACAACUUUUGCCAGCCCUGAGAUUCAUACGCAGUGUCAAUAUUGUGGAUGCCGUUUCCUCACGGAAGUUCUUGGAGGCGGCCAUGAACACAGAUGAUGCCAUGUUAUUUUAUACUGUCUUUAAGUUCUUUGAACAAAGAAAUGUCAAAAUUAGAGGAAAUCCUAGAUUUCAGCGAGGAGAACACUGUGAGAUGUAUGUGAAGCAUUUUGAGGGAUUGUUUGGAACAGAUGCCUUAGCAGAAAUGGUCGCAGCAAGCUGAUGACUUUUGAAUACUCAAAUGCAAGAACUAGUUCAGGAACAUUUUUUUAAGUAAAAGAAUAAAUUUUACAGGAUACAUGUGUAUAUGUAGCCAUCAAGCUCAGCAAUGACUGAUAUGUUAACAAUUUUGUACUCAAUACAAGCUUGAGAUCAUCUUUUUACAAUUAUUUUAUAAAAUAAUGUAGUCUUUUAUAUAUUGUGAUGUUUUAAGACUUGCUUUUGAUGAAAUAACCAUCUAUACAUGUACCGAAAUUGCUUUUUUAUCACUCCAAAUUUUUUUAGUUUUGCAAUUUGUACUUUGAUCCUUCUUAACUUUGAAAAUGAGUGAAGAUUUGUGAAACUAAAAAUUCAUGUGCUGUGAAGUUGUAC